AUUGGCAACAUUGAAUUGUAGUAAUGCGCACGUACUUACGAUAAAGCGCAGACUCUAAACGCUUUUAUCGUGAUCUCUUCCCUUCUGUUGGGCGGCUUUAACAGUUCCGAAAAGUUCGCGUAAUUUACUGCACUGUUCUUUGGCUUGUAGAUAGCGAUCGAAGUAAAAUAUAAAAAUGUUUGCCUGUGCUAGACUGAUUACCCCUGCCACCAGAAGUGCACUUGUUGCCAACACAAAACAGUACUUGAGGCCACUGAGCAGUGUAGUUAAUCAAAGUCAAAUACAAGUACAGAAUGUACAACAACAUAAGCAACCAACUCUCCUUCCCGCUAUUCGCAGUUUCCAAACUACACCAGUAAGCAGAGAUAUCGAUUCUGCUGCUAAAUUCAUUGGUGCCGGAGCUGCCACAGUAGGAGUAGCAGGUUCAGGAGCAGGUAUUGGAACAGUAUUCGGUUCCCUUAUCAUUGGUUACGCCAGAAACCCCAGCUUAAAACAACAACUCUUCUCAUACGCCAUCUUGGGUUUCGCCUUAUCCGAGGCUAUGGGUCUUUUCUGUCUUAUGAUGGCGUUCUUAUUAUUGUUCGCCUUCUAAGUUAUUGCCAUUAUUUGGCAAACGUCAUCUAUUCCACCAUUUCGUUACGUAAAAGAUCAGUGUAACUCAUUUCAAUUAAAAUUCAAUAGGACAUUAAUUUAAAAAAGUGCGAGCUCUAUAUGAAUACGUGAUCAAUUUUUUAUAUACGAACUCUGUUUACUAUCUAGAGAAUUUGGGCUUACUUUCUACAAAAGAAAUUGGCAUGUAUUUAUUUACGAGAAUGUCGUGUGUUUUCUAGGAAAAUGAAAGCAGUAAAGUAAAUCUACCCAUUGUAAAUUAUUAGAAAUUUUAUUAUACAUUAUCCUUUAGUCCUUUUAAGCAACUUUUUUUUUUAUAAAUCAUCCUUAUAAAACCAGAGCUGUUAUCAAUUAUUUUUAAGGAUAAUAAAUUGUUUGUUUUCAUUUUA